AUGGUAAAUAUAACGGUGGCAAAAAGGCUGCUGGCAAAUGACUCAAUUCCCAAUGGAACGCGAAAUGUUACUGCUAGUAUCAGUACUGCAGAACUGAUAGUCAGCACUGCCUCUGCGGUCUUGCAGGUGUCGAAUUCUCUUUGGGCGACGGGAUCUGUGCUGGCGCGGGCUGCUUGGCAUCUGAUAAAGCUAUUUUUCCUCCGAAUUCCACUAUUUGUGGUCGUUUCCUCAAGUGUCAAUAUUACACUGUCUUUUUCUUCGCUACUUUUUGGUACCUUGUUGAUGAUAUUUUGCACUUACUAUGUGCUUCGCAGUCGUUUUCUCAAUGCCUAUAAGCGCCUCCAGCCGGACGAGGACGACGAAAUGAUCCUGAAGAACAAAAAAUUACAGGAGGACACGGACGCAUUGUUCAUGAAUAAUCCCAGUGCAAGCCACAAAGGCGGCUUCUCCUCGUAUUUGGAUGAAUUUUUAAGUGCCAUCCGGAUUUUUGGGUAUUUGGAAAAGCCUGUAUUUCAUGAAUUGACAAAGUCCAUGAAGACACGGCGCCUCGAGGAAGGUGAAGUGUUGCUAGUAGAUGAGAUGCUCGGCUUUGCCAUUGUCGUCGAGGGCAGUCUCCAGAUAUAUCACAAAAUAGAUCAGGGCAAGGCGCAUCCAUCCGAUCACUUCGAAAACCAAAGUGAUAGCUUAUCGCAAUCCGAUGAUGUUGAGGAUGAAAUGUCCUCGAGCCGGGAUGCUUAUUCUCUCAAUGGUGAAAAGUUCCAGCUGCUGAAUAAUGUUAAAGCAGGUAAUCCCAUUUCUUCUCUAGUGACCAUUCUUAAGCUGUUCACAGAUCGAAGCCAGCGGCCUUCUUUCUCAGACAUCAACCUCUCGAUGGGCGAGGAUCCUCAUUCAGGGCUUAUGUCGCCCUAUUUGGACUCAACACUUGAGCAUCAGCGGGCUGAUUUAAAUCGUUCCAACCGGCAACAGUCGACCACCAGCCAUAAUUCGGGCAUUGAUCCGCAUUCAAGUCCCGAACCCAUUGCCAGUCAUGGUGACGAAAACUUGUCUGGAAGCAGAGCAAAUAGCGAAGGUUCCCCAUUUGCACCAUCACUUCCUGAUAUCAUUGCAUGUGCCUCCAGCGAAUGUACUAUUGCUAUAAUCCCAUCAUCUGCAUUUAGACGGCUAACGUCAAAAUACCCUCGUUCUGCUUCUCAUAUCAUUCAAAUGGUUCUUACUAAACUCUACCGAGUAACACUUCAAACCGCACAUAAUUAUUUGGGCCUAACAAGAGAAAUCAUACAUACUGAAGUUGUUUUGAAUAGAAGUGCAAGGUUUGAAUUGCCAUAUUAUUUAAAGGAAGCAGUCAUUCAGCAAAUCAAAGAGCGUGAGAACCUUUCCUCAAAACAAAAAACCGAUCCCUCCAAGUUUCAAAAGCUGAAAAGACCUAAACUGAAAUCUGACAGCUCGAAAGCUGCUGUCCGGCCAAAUAGCUUUCUUCAAACUGGUGGGUCAAGACACGUUGUAAUUGAUUCCCGUGAUCAUCUCAAUCCUGGUGAUCUACUAUCAAAUGUUCCAUUAUCUAGAAAGGAUUUUACUAGUUCUAAAUCCCACGUUUCAAAACCAAUGUAUCAGAAUAGUGGCGGCACUUCAGCCAGAACCGUAGACACAUCCUCUACUGGUAACACCCAAAAAAAAACCUCUUCAAUCUCUACUGCUGAGCAUUCCAAAAGCCAACCAAAAAGCGCCGUCGGAAGCUCACUUGAUAUUGACAAUGAAGACAUUAGGUUACGUACAUUUUCUGCAGCCCAGGACGAAACCGAGGAAUCCUCUUGGAGAAUGGCCCUAAUUGAAGGUAUAUUUGCCUAUCUGGGCAUCACCAAAGAAAACAUCUUACCUGCUCAAGAAGACUUUUCAAUGUCCCUGCGCCGACCUUCCGAUAUUUCCUUAGCAUCGUCCUUUACCUCAUCACACCUUGCUUCUAACUCUCUCACAUUCCUCACCAGUAAUCGAAUCAAUCGUAAGAGACAAACCACCGAAAAGAAAAAGACGAAGUACACGGAAGAAGUUCCCCGGAAUUUUGAUUUCGACACAGUCAAGAACGAAUUUGCUGAUGGAUUAGAAACAAAAUUCAUUCCAAAGGGAUCAACGCCAAUAUCCCAAGAUCAUGCAAACGGAGGUCUCUAUUACGUCGUUUCUGGCACGAUAGAAGUGAUAUGGAAAAAUGAAGAAGAUGAUACAGAACAUAUCUUGUAUUGCGUCAAACCCGGUGGAAUUGCUGGUUAUCUAGCUUCUUUGAUUGGAUGCAAAUCAUUUGUGACUCUAAGGGCCAAAACAGACUUAUAUGUCGGCUUUCUUCCCAGUAAUGUCCUUGAGAGACUUUGCGAUAAGUACUUUAUGAUCUACUUGCGUAUCGCUGAGACUUUUGCGAACUUAUUGAAUCCUAAAAUUCUCAAACUAGAUUACGCAUUAGAGUGGAUUCACCUCGAUUCUUCUGAGAUACUAUUCAACCAGAAUGACCCUGCAAAUGCAAUCUAUGUUGUCUUAAGCGGCAGAUUGAGACAGUUGCAACAGUCUGGUAAAAGAAGUGACUUCAAAAAAAACAAGAAAAAAGAUCAACUUGAAAGUGACCACAAUGUACAGGUAUUAGGCGAGUUUGCACAAGGAGAAAGUUUUGGUGAAGUAGAGGUUUUAACAGCAAUUAAUCGUUUAUCGACAGUGGUUGCCCUGCGAGAUGCCGAACUUGCACGUAUUCCACGAACUCUAUUCGAGCUACUUGCCUUGGAACAUCCUUCUAUUAUGAUUCGUGUUAGCAGGUUAGUAGCAAGAAAAAUUCUUCAGCAAAAUCAUGGCCCUGAACCAACCAAAUCUAUCGAUAGUUCAAACGGUAACAAAUAUGACUUCAACUUGUUGAUUCCACCUUCAGAAACCACAAAGGGUUCUGUUAUUAAUUCAAAAGCCAAGGGAAAACAUUCCAUGAGUGGUACAAAUGGAAGAAGCUACAGGACUAUCACUAUUCUACCGAUCACACAGGGUUUACCAGUUGAAGAAUUUGCCGCGAAAUUGGUGGGGGCAUUUAAACAAGUGGGAAGAUCUACUAUUGGCCUAAAUCAAUCAACCACCUUAUCCCAUUUGGGACGCCACGCUUUUGAUGGACUUGCGAAACUAAAGCAAUCCGGUUAUUUUGCUGAACUAGAAGAAAUUUAUGAAACUGUUGUCUACAUUGCUGACACACCACUAACUUCCUCUUGGACUACUACAUGUAUCAAUCAGGCCGAUUGUGUCUUACUGCUUGCGUAUGCAACAGUGGACCCAGAUAUUGGUGAGUACGAACGAUUGCUUGUGAAAUCGAAAUCCAAUGCAAGAACUGAAAUGAUUCUACUUCACCCGGAAAGGUACGUGGAACCAGGACUCACUCAUAAAUGGCUAAGAAACCGAAUGCGGGUACAUUCUCUCCACCAUAUCCAAUUCUCAAGUCCUCAAUUUAUUAGUUCGAAUGAUGUGAAAAGUUCGCCAUACCUCAAUAGUUUUAUGGACAUCUUAAAGCACGGUGAACGUUUCAAUAAGAUAACAAAGAGAACGCAAGAAAAUAUCUCGCGCUUAUUGCCUGACUCACUGAAGGUUACAGUAGAGAAUUUUUCUUCCAAAUACAUCAAUAAAAAGCAAAGGUACUACACUCCUGUGCAUACACACAAAAAUGACUUCUUGCGCUUAGCCCGUAUCCUUUCUGGCCAGGCAAUUGGUCUCGUACUUGGUGGGGGUGGCGCAAGAGGUAUUAGCCAUCUUGGUGUACUGAAAGCCAUAGAGGAACAAGGUAUACCCAUAGAUAUGAUUGGAGGAACUUCAAUAGGUUCUUUCGUUGGUGGAUUAUAUGCGAAAGAUUACGACCUGGUUCCUAUUUAUGGUCGCGUUAAGAAAUUUGCGGGUAGAAUUGGCUCUUUAUGGAGGAUGCUCACUGAUUUGACUUGGCCAGUCACGUCAUAUACAACAGGCCACGAGUUCAAUCGCGGUAUAUGGAAGGCGUUCGGCGACAUAAGAAUUGAAGAUUUUUGGAUCCAGUAUUAUUGUAAUUCAACAAAUAUCACCGAGUCUAUACAGGAGAUUCAUUCAUCAGGAUAUGCAUGGAGAUAUAUUCGGGCUUCUAUGUCACUUGCAGGUCUACUUCCUCCCAUAGAAGACAACGGUUCCAUGCUUCUAGAUGGUGGUUAUGUUGACAAUCUGCCUGUGUGGGAAAUGAAAGCUCGUGGUUGUAAUACGAUUUUUGCGGUAGAUGUGGGCUCAGUAGAUGAUAGAACUCCCAUGAAGUAUGGCGACUCGUUAAAUGGCUUUUGGAUUGUUCUUAAUCGUUGGAACCCAUUCUCGAGGCAUCCUAACAUCCCCAAUAUGGCUGAAAUACAAAUGCGUCUGGGAUAUGUGGCUUCCGUUAAUGCGCUGGAGAAAGCCAAACAUACACCUGGUGUAAUAUAUAUGCGCCCUCCAAUUGAGGACUACGCGACUUUGGAUUUUGCGAAGUUCGAAGAAAUUUACCAAGUUGGCGCUGCUUAUGGGCAUGAGUUUUUUCAAGAUUUGGAAGAAUCGGGCAAAAUGCCCAAAAUUCCGGGUUCUGUCGCUGCCGCAGGAGAGCAAGAUUCUCCAUAUAGCAUGCUUCAGCGGAGGAACAGUGUAUAA